AUGCCUUUCUUUGGACAGGCCUACUUGUAGUGAUUGGCUUAUCUGAGUUUGUGAGUUAUCUAUGUUGAUUCAUUCGCGCGGCACGAGGGUCUGACGGGUCAUCUGACUUCCCUAGUAUCCUGUCGAUCUGGUGGCUAGCGCUUUGUCAGUUGUGGAAGAGAAGUGCGUAGAACAACAUUGCGAAAUGGGGCGCAUAUUACUUCUUCUACUUUCGGUGUAUUCCGUUUACUGUCAACCAACUGAUUAUGAUAUUCUGUCAGAUGACUUCAUAAACUACAUUAAUUCGCUAAAUUCGACAUGGAAGGCUGGCAGAAACUUCCCACAAGAAACACCAGUGAAACACUUAAAACGACUGAUGGGAGUUCAUCCAGAUUCCUACCUCUUCCAACCACCUGUUCAGAGACAUGCAGUAGAGGACUUGGAAAUUCCAGAGGAGUUUGAUUCCCGUGAGAAAUGGUCCUUCUGCCCUACAAUAAAGGAGAUUCGGGAUCAAGGAUCCUGUGGUUCCUGUUGGGCAUUUGGUGCAGUGGAAGCAAUGUCAGACAGAGUUUGCAUUCAUUCAAAAGGUGAAAAGAAUUUCCACUUCUCAGCAGAAGAUCUUGUAUCUUGUUGUCACUCUUGCGGAUUUGGUUGCAACGGAGGUUUUCCAGGAGCUGCAUGGGCAUACUGGAAACGUAAAGGCAUUGUCAGUGGUGGAGCUUACAAUUCAUCACAGGGAUGUCAGCCUUAUGAAAUACCACCUUGCGAACACCAUGUAAAUGGCACUCGAAUGCCAUGCUCUGGAGAGGGUGGCAAUACACCUCGAUGUGAGAAGCAGUGUGAAGACAGUUACCCUGUGUCAUACUCUGAGGAUCUGCAUUAUGGUGAAUCGGCAUAUUCUGUUGAAGGCAGCAGCAAACAGAUACAGGCUGAAAUUAUGAAAAAUGGCCCUGUUGAAGGUGCAUUUACAGUAUAUGAAGACUUUGUACACUAUAAAUCAGGUGUUUAUCAACAUGUUUCUGGUGUUGCUCUUGGUGGCCAUGCGAUCAAGAUCAUAGGUUGGGGUGUGUUAGAUGACACUCCAUACUGGCUUGUUGCAAAUUCCUGGAACUCUGAUUGGGGUGAUGGUGGAUUUUUCCGGAUCAAGAGAGGAAGCAAUGAAUGUGGAAUUGAGAGCCAAAUUAAUGCAGGGCUCCCAAAACUCAGUGAGUCAUUUUGAAUAAUG